AUGGCUGGCAAAUAUACCGCUAGGAUAACAGGUGUGCUGAGAUGGCUCGGUUCAGCGGUUUUGAAUAUUUCUAGGCCGGACCGUGCGCAAGCCCUUAUGGCUAGAUAUCAGGUUCUAGACGAUCAAAUGGCGGAUCUAUAUGCGGCGUACCGUGGCAUUCUAGAGUUAGGUUUAGAAGCGGAUGCCAUGGCGAAGAUUAAUGCUGACAUCGAUCAGGCCGACGACCUGGCUGAUCAAAUUAUUCAGGCUGUAGGUUGCCUUAAGGGGUCAAGCGCUGCUGACGCGCGCGUUACUGCGGAGUCGGAGGCGUCACCAGCGCUCAUGAGUAGAUUGCCGCUGCUCGAUUUGCCACAAUUUAAUGGUGACUUGGAACAGUGGGUUGCUUUUAACAAUUUAUUUGAAAGCAUUGUUCACAGUCGUAGGGAUUUGACCCCUGCUCAGAAGCUUGCCUAUUUGUUGGCGUCGUUAACGGGAGAGGCCAAGGGCCUUGUCCAACAUUUAGGUCUUGUUGACGGUGCAGAUGUGUUAGGGUUACUGCAAAUAAGGGGUAGCAAACUUCUGCAGGCAGGAGGGUUGUCAGCUGUUUCGACCGACCUCGGUGAAGUCAUUAUAGGUCCAGCAUUUCCCGUGAGUGCCUCCAUCCCAAAUGUAGACAUCCAGGUGGGUCUCUCUCUUGCUGAUGCAGUCCAGCGGUUUUGGGAGGUCGAAGAACCACCCACAGCACCUCGUGACAACCCGGAGUAUCUGGAAUGUGAGGCGUUCUUCCAGAACAAUAUCGGGCGGCUCCGGUCUGGUCGGUUUGUUGUGCGUUUGCCUUUCCUUCCGUCUCGCGUACCGCUUGGGCAGUCUAGGUUGUUGGCAGAGAAGAGAUUAAUGUCUAUGGAGCGCCGUAUGAAGAGGGACGCGGUGUUUAGACAAAAAUAUUUAGAAUUUAUGCAGGAGUAUCGCGACUUAGGCCACAUGUCAGUUUCCAAUUUUGAUUGGCGUUCGCAGGAACACUAUUUUAUUCCUCAUCAUGCCGUGUUCAAGGGAGAGAAGAUACGAGUUGUCUUUGAUGGAUCUGCUCCUACCUCUACUGGGGUCUCCCUUAAUCAAUGUUUGCAUGUUGGUCCUAAAUUGCAUCGUGACAUUUCAGAUAUUCUGACGGCUUUCCGCCGACAUCAGAUCGUUUUCGUUGCGGACAUUAAAAUGAUGUUUCGACAGACCAUCAUACAUCCGGAAGAUCGUAGAUUUCAGCUCAUAUUGUGGCGCGAGGAUCCCUCUAGCCCAAUUACGGUGUAUGAGUUGAAUACGAACACCUAUGGUCUUAAAUCGAGUCCGUUCAUCGCAAUCAGGACGCUUCUGGAACUGGCAGAGCGUGAACGGUUGGAUUUCCCUAGAGCUGCAGCUGUAUUGUCCAGUGAUAUUUAUGUCGAUGACAUAUGCACCGGCGCUGCUAAUGAGAGAGAGGCUCUUAUAUUAAGGGAUGAGUUGAUUGGCAUCUUAAAGGCUGGUGGUUAUGAGUUGAGGAAAUGGGUAUCCAACUCUCCGGCUCUCCUUGACGGCUUACCUAAGGAGCAUCAGCAAGAUCCUCAUCUUUUUCAGAACGUUGACAAUCCUGACGCCAUUGCGGUACUCGGAGUGCAGUAUCAGCCUGUUCAGGAUGUCUUCACGUUUCGUGUACAGGAUUUAGACAUAUCCCGAGUUUGGACUAAGCGAUCGGUACUCUCCACAGUUGCCCGAAUAUUCGACCCCAAUGGAUGGUUGACGCCGGUUGUGUUUUGGGCAAAGUGUUUCCUUCAAAAACUCUGGUUGGAAAAUCUUACAUGGGAUGCCCCUCUCAUUGGAGAGUUAUUGUUGGCGUGGUCUCGUUUUGUUUCGUCGCUUCCGGAUAUUCAAUUGGUGAAGAUAGAAAGAGCCUUUUUACCUGCUGGUAAAUGUCAGGUGAGCCUUCAUGGCUUUUGUGAUGCCUCAGAGUUGGGCUAUGCGGCUGCAGUCUACAUACGUGCGGUCAACACGAACGGUAGUGUCACAGUAAGAUUAGUUAUAGCGAAAAGUAAGGUUGCGCCAAUUCGGUCUCGUUUGACUAUACCUAAAUUGGAGCUCUCAGGAGCUGCACUUCUUUCGAGACUUCUCAAUCAUGUUGCUUCCACUUUAGGUCAGACAGUGGCCCUCGAGAAGAUCUAUGCAUGGUCCGACAGUCAAAUUGUUCUUUGUUGGCUUCGGGCGUCUGUUCAUGCGUUGGAGGUUUUUGUUGCCAAUAGAGUUUCCCAGAUUCGCGAUUCGACGGCUGAUAUUAAUUGGAGACAUGUCCCCGGGGACCUAAAUCCAGCCGAUUGCGCCUCACGGGGCUGCGAAUCUUCAGUUAUUUUGAGUCAUCCGUUGUGGUGGGGACCAGACUGGUUGUGUGAACCUGAAGGUAGCUGGCCCCAUAGUAUUGUCGACCCGGUUGAACCGUUGCCAGGACUUCGAGUGUUAGCGGUGCAGUCGGAGCCGAAACAAAAUUUAGAUGAAUUGCUCGGACGGUUUAGCUCCCUUGAUAAAUUGUUAGGAGUGACGGGAUGGGUUAAACGUUUUAUUUAUAACACUCGGAAUAAGUCCGAUAGGCAGUCUUCUCCCGUGCUUACCCCGGAGGAAAGAAGGGAAGCAUUGUUGUUCUGGGUGCGUUUAGAGCAGGGUCAAAGUUUCCAAACAGCAAUAAUUAGUUUACGAAAGGGGGAUAAAUUAAGGGGUGCCAUUGCACGGCUCAACCCUUUCAUUGAUGACAAGGGUUUGAUACGAGUCGGGGGUAGAUUACGAAAUGCGGACUUACCUUAUGCGGCUCGACAUCCUCUCCUGUUGCCUAAGGACAGCAUUCUGGUACGACUUUUGAUAACUGAUCGGCACGUGAAGAACUCUCACGCAGGUUUAUCAACACUCCUAGCCGUCCUCCAAAGGGAGUUUUGGAUUUUGUCUGCACGGCGAGUUAUACGAAGCGUUAUUUUCCGCUGCAUUCCGUGUUAUAGGUUGAAGGCCGCAAUAGUACAACCACAAAUGGGUGACCUCCCUCCAGAUCGGGUUAGAGCUUCGAAGCCGUUUUCUGGAGUUGGUACGGAUUUUGCAGGUCCAUUUCAAGUUAAGUCGUCAACGUUACGAAAUGCUAAGGUGACGAAGGCUUACCUGUGCGUUUUCGUUUGCCUUUCCACCAAGGCCGUACAUUUAGAGGUAGUGUCGGCGUUGAGCACAGAGGCAUUUAUCGCUUGUUUGUCCCGGUUUGUUAGUCGUCGAGGAUUACCGAGUUUAAUUAGGUCCGACUGUGGGACUAACUUCAAGGGUGGAGAUCGGUACCUUUCGGAAGUCUUUACGUUUUUGAAAGACAAUCAGGUUUCAAUAGCUUCCAACAUGUCUCAACGCGGUAUAGAAUGGCGAUUCGAUCCCCCUGCAUUUCCAUCCUGGGGUGGAAUUUUUGAAGCGGUUGUGAAGGUGGCAAAGACUCAUCUUCGACGAGUCAUCGGUGAAACAGUGCUCACCUUCGAAGAGUUGGCUACGGUAUUUUGUAAGAUUGAGGCGGUUCUGAAUUCCCGUCCACUGUGUCCUGUAUCAUCGGACCCUAAUGAUUUGGAGGUUUUGACCCCUGGUCAUUUUUUGAUCGGUGGACCCCUCACCGCACUACCGGAGUAUCCUUAUACGGAGACCCCAUUAAAUAGGUUAACUCGUUUCGAGUUGCUGCAACAACUUUCCCAAAGCUUCUGGCGGAGAUUCAGCUUAGAGUACCUCCAUUUGUUGCAGCAACGGGUUAAAUGGUGUGACAAGACUGACCCACCUAAGGUUGGGGAUCUCGUCUUAGUGAAAGAGUUGAACAUGCCAACGCUGUCUUGGAGACGGGGUCGAAUCCUGAGGCUAAUUGUAGGCGCGGACGGUAUUCCUCGAGUUGCAGAGGUGUUAGUAGGCAACUCGGUGUUAAAGCGAGCGGUCGCAACUCUCUCCCGACUCCCAGUAUCUUAAGUAUAAUUUUCCAUUAAGGAGUUUGGACGCAGCCAGGUAUCGUCUGGCUGGGGCGGGGGACUGUUCGGUAUAGUUGCGAUGUGCUUACGUCGUGUUAAUGCCGUUUUGAAUUUCGCGGUUGACCAAUACGGGUUUUAUGUUGGUAGGUCGACUCAUUUUUAUUCUCCCGCACAAGCGGGUAGUUGGAAAUCCCUCUCCGCUACGGACGGGCGCGGGGCCUGCGGGGGGCUUGUGCGGGGAAGGAGUGAGUCGACAGAACGCAUCGAGUCAGCAUAGAAAGUGGUCGGCAGUUAGAUAGCUCAU